CAGUAUAACCUUCCGAUGAGCUCAGCCAAUCAGAGGCAGGCGUCGGCGCACUCUGAUUUACAUGCAGCCUCUAUAAUACUAAACUCUGCUCGCGCUUCCUCAUUCGUUGCUGUUUCCCAGAAACACAUCAGGAUGCCUGAACCCGCCAAGUCUGCGCCCAAGAAGGGCUCCAAGAAAGCCGUCACCAAGACGGCCGGCAAAGGAGGCAAGAAGAAGAGAAAGACCAGGAAGGAGAGCUACGCCAUCUACGUGUACAAGGUGCUGAAGCAGGUCCACCCCGACACCGGCAUCUCGUCCAAGGCCAUGAGCAUCAUGAACUCGUUCGUCAACGACAUCUUUGAGCGCAUCGCCUCCGAGGCUUCCCGCCUGGCUCACUACAACAAGCGCUCCACCAUCACCUCCAGGGAGAUCCAGACGGCCGUGCGCCUCCUGCUUCCCGGUGAGCUGGCCAAGCACGCCGUAUCCGAGGGCACCAAGGCGGUUACCAAGUACACCAGCUCCAAGUAAACCCGCUGUUUACCAUCUAAACCACAAAGGCCCUUUUUAGGGCCACA